UUGAGUGUAUUGAUUGUAUUAAAAGCCACAAACAAGAAGAGUUCAAAACAAAAUUGCAAAAUUAACAAGCGGUUGAGUCAAGCACACAGCAAAAGAAACAGAUUUAAAAAAGAAACGGAAAAUGUCCAACAAACGUUUUGCUCUUCUCAGUGUCUCGGAUAAAACCGGCUUGCUUGAUUUUGGCAAGAAUUUAUCCAAAUUGGGUUUCCAUUUGAUUGCUAGUGGUGGAACUGCUACCGCUUUACGUAAUGCCGGUCUAACAGUUCAAGAUGUUUCGGACAUUACCGGAGCUCCUGAAAUGUUGGGAGGACGUGUCAAGACUUUACAUCCUGCUGUGCAUGGUGGUAUAUUGGCACGACUAACCGCCUCCGAUAAGGCUGAUAUGCAAAAGCAAAACUUCGAUUACAUCAAUGUGGUGGUCUGCAAUCUGUAUCCUUUUGUCAACACCGUGUCCAAGCCCGAUGUCACUGUUGCCGAUGCUGUAGAGAAUAUCGAUAUCGGUGGUGUGACACUCCUCAGAGCUGCUGCCAAGAAUCAUGAUCGUGUCACGGUGGUUUGUGAGGCCUCAGAUUAUGGCAAAGUUUUGCAAGAACUCCAAAAGAAUGGUGACACCACACUGGAGACACGCAAACUGUUAGCCCUGAAAGCCUUCACCCAUACCGCCACCUAUGAUGAUGCCAUUUCUGAUUAUUUCCGCAAACAAUAUUCGGGGGGUGUGGCUCAAUUGAAUUUGCGCUAUGGCAUGAAUCCCCAUCAAAAGCCUGCACAAAUUUUCACCCAAUUGGAAAAAUUGCCCUUGCGUGUGGUGAAUGCUUCGCCUGGCUUUAUUAAUCUUUGCGAUGCCUUAAAUGGCUGGCAAUUGGUGCGAGAAUUGAAAAAGGCUUUGGGCCUACCAGCAGCCACCAGUUUCAAGCAUGUCUCGCCUGCCGGUGCUGCAGUGGGUAUUCCUUUGAGCAAGGAUCAGGCAAAAUUGUGCAUGGUUGAGGAUUUAUAUGAACAACUGACUCCCGUGGCUACAGCUUAUGCCAGGGCAAGAGGUGCAGACCGCAUGUCAUCAUUUGGUGAUUUCGUAGCUUUGUCUGAUGUUUGUGAUGUGGUCACAGCCAGGAUUAUAUCGCGCGAAGUUUCCGAUGGUAUUAUAGCGCCAGGUUAUGAGCCAGCUGCCUUGGAAUUAUUGAAGAAGAAGAAAAAUGGUUCCUAUUGUGUGUUGCAGAUGGAUCCCGAUUAUGAGCCCUCAGACCUGGAACGUAAAACCAUUUUCGGUUUGACUUUAGAGCAAAAACGCAACGAUGCCGUCAUUGAUGCUUCUCUGUUCAAGAAUGUGGUCACCAAAGUCAAACAAUUGCCCCAGACGGCUGUGCGUGAUUUAAUUGUGGCCACAAUUGCUCUCAAAUUCACUCAAUCCAAUUCGGUGUGCUAUGCUCGCGAUGGCCAAGUCAUUGGCAUUGGAGCAGGUCAACAAUCUCGUAUUCACUGCACCCGGCUGGCCGGUGAGAAGGCCGACAACUGGUGGUUGAGACAACAUCCCCGCGUUGCUGGCAUGAAAUUCAAGGCUGGUGUUAAGCGUGCCGAAAUCUCAAAUGCCAUUGACAAUUAUGUUAAUGGCACAGUGGGCAAGGAUAUGCCUUUCUCUCAGUUCGAGGCCAUGUUCGAGGAAGUUCCCAAACAAUUGACCCAGGAAGAGAAAGUCAAUUGGUUGAAACAAUUGAAUGGUGUUGCCUUGGGUUCUGAUGCCUUCUUCCCCUUCCGCGAUAAUAUCGAUCGUGCCCGUUUGAGUGGAGUCUCUUACAUAGGCAGCCCUGCUGGUUCCACAAAUGAUGCUGGUGUCAUUGCUGCUUGUGAUGAGCAUGGCAUUAUUAUGGCUCACACUAACCUGCGUUUGUUCCAUCAUUGAAUUGUUUUUUCUUUCUUUUUUGAAAUUUUUUUUUCUCAUUACAUUAUAGUUGUAAGCCUAAAAUUGGAGUUAUAUGCCUGAAAGACAUAAAAUAUAUAAAUAUAUAUUUUUUAUACAUAAAACGGAAAA